AUGGCUCAAACUGAUCGCACCCAAGGACGUGAAUCUCCUAAAACACCCACUAGUCCAACUAUUGAACAAUUGCUCCGAGAGGGCGAUGGAUCAUGGUGGUCAACACCAUCUUCUUCAUCAUCUCCACAUGCGAGGAACCAUGACCAAGAAGAAGAUCAUGGCCACCAUCAAAGGAAAUCCAUGCUGACCAAGGUCAAAGAGAAGGCCAAGAAGCUGAGGCACUCUCUCAGCACCAAAAAAAAGCAUAGUAAUGAGGAUGAGAACACCACGCCCGCAUGGGGCGUUAGCUUAGAAGACGAUGAAGACGAAGAAGAAGAUGCAGAAUAUCUUGGAGCCCCAAUGUAUGAAUCGGAGCUGGCACCUGAGAGUUACAAGGAGAUUGCACGGCAACAUCCAAGGGCAAAUCCUGUGAUCUCGGAGAAAACCCUUUUUGGCCUUUCUAUUGUCCCUGAAAAAACUAGCUCUUCCCAUUAG